UUGGGUCACCCCGAACGCGAGUUAAGAAAAUCGCAUUCCUUGGGGCAAGAAAACAGAGCAGCAGCUUGCUUUCAGCAGCGACGAUGACUCGCCGCCACGCCGCGCUGGCAUAUCUGCUAGUCACGUUUGCCGAGUGCACGCGAGCUUUGGGCAUCGGCCAGUCCGUGACAGUGCCGAAAACGUUCGCCGGCUCGCCGGCCGUCGCGCCGGAGCUGUUCCGCGACGGCAGUUUCGCGUUCGCGAGCGUCGAGCGCGGCGAGGACGAGCGAGACGCGCGACUGCGGCCGACGGUGAGCGUCGAGAUCGCCGGCAAGAGGCCGGCCGCGCGCGCCAAGUGCUCGCUGCGGCUGACGCCCGAGCUGGGCGUGGUGGACGUGCGCGUGAGCUCCUUGAGGCGGGCGUCCGAGGACAGGGUGCUGCUGACCGUGGACGAGGAGUUCCGGGCCGGGCAGCGCAAGUCGACCAUCCUCUGGAUCAACGUGCGAGGCUGCAGUUACGGCUUCGCCUACGCCGACUUCCUGCCGAGCAGCCACCUGGUGAUCGCCAGCAACAAUCUGGUUUCGCGCACCAAGUUCCGCGUGUUCGUCGCGGACAGCGGCUUCUGCCGGGCCAGCGCCUGGUGCUCGUUCACCCUGCCGUUCGACGAGGGCGGCCUGGACGCGAGCAACGUGGACCUGCCGUGGCGAGGCUCCCGCAUCGAGUCCAUCGAGGACAUGAACGUCGACUUCUACGCCUACCACUACCGCGACGAGGAGGCCACUUACAAGAUGAUCCUCGGCCCGGCCCAGCCGCCCAAGUACACCAAGGCCGAGCUGCUGUCGCUGAGGAGCGCCGCCUACGGCGAGGUCGCGUCGUCGCAGCUGUCGGUCUGCUGGACGCUGAGGGCGAGCCUCGACAGGGCCGUCAACUGCUCCAAGUUCAACAACUACGGCCGACUGAUGCUCAACAAGACGCUCGCCUUCUCGAGCCCGGUCACGCUGCUCCGCGUGAAGAACACCAAGGACGGGCUCCUCCUGUUCGCGAGCAGGGCCGAGUGCAGGACGACGCGCUGCUCCGACGUGUUCGUCUCGCAGAUCUCGGAGAACGACAAGGCGCCGCGGGCGACCUACCGCGCCUCCAAGCUCGACUGCCCGGCGGGAGUCGGCAGCGUGGUCUUCGACGCCCGCGAGGCGAGCGACAGGUCCAUCGAGAUCGAGUACGUAUGCGCCGGCGACGCCGGCCUGACCUUCGGCGACCUGAGCCUGACGCGGAGCUCCGAGCCGGCGGCGACCGCGCGCUCGCUGGCGAGCAACCCGCGGGAGUAG